AUGGGUGGUAAUUUGCUGUUCCAGAACCUCCACGUGUACCAACUGGCUGCGGCCGCCUACUUGGGUAUCAUUCUCUUUGGAUAUGAUACCGGCGUCGCUGGAGGGAUCGUGUCCCAAAAAGCAUUUUCCGACAAUUUUGGUCUGACUGGUGCUAGUCAAGCCCACAAGGAUGCAGUCAGUUCAAACGUCGUCGCCGUCCUUCAGGGUGGUGCUUUUUUUGGUGCUCUCUUCAGCAUUCCCGCGACGGCUCGUUUUGGCCGCAAACUCACCUUACUUGUGUCAGAUGCUAUCUUUUGUGUAGGGGCAAUCUUGACGACGGUCGCAGGACCAGGCCAAACGGGGUUGAACGAAAUAUACGUGGGUCGCGUUAUUUCCGGUGUCGGCAUUGGGGCCAUCUCAGCUGUGGCUCCGGCCUACGUCUCUGAAUGUUCACCUAAGGAAGUCCGCGGACGGAUCACUGGAUUAUUUCAGAUUUUUGUCGCUACGGGCGUCAUGUUGAGCUACUGGACCAACUAUGGUGUUCAACAGCAUCAGCGCCCGGGGCCCCGAAUUUGGCGCAUUCCGUUCGGUGUUCAACUCAUACCUGCCGGACUUAUGGCGAUCGGUCUGUUAUUUGCAACUGAAUCCCCUCGUUGGCUUAUAACUUGGGGUCGUGAGACUGAAGCUCUCAACAACCUCGCUCACCUGCGUCGCCUCCCUGCCGACCAUCCCUCGGUUGUCGCUGAGCUCGCAGAGAUCGAAGCCGCUGUGAGAGAGGAGCGAGAGGCGCGAGCUGGUCUUGGAUGGAAAGGGGCUUUCUUUGCUCCAGGAAACAGGAUUCGAUUUAUUAUUGCCUUAGUCAUUUUCAUGUUACAGCAAUUCUCUGGUCAAAACUCGGUAGGGUAUUACGCGCCGCUCAUAUUCCAGAGCAUCGGUUACUCCAAGACAGGCGCGUCGCUCCUUGCUUCUGGUGUCUAUGGCAUCGUCAAGGUUGUUGCUACCGCGGUGUUUGUUUUCUUUCUCGUCGAUGUUGGCGGGCGUAAAUGGCCUUUAUUCGUCUCCUCUAUCGGUAUGGGGACAGUGUUCUACAUCAUUGGCGCCAUCCUCAAAACGCACCCACCGGACCCAAGUGCGAAUAGUCCUGCAGGGGCGAGCAAGGCUAUGGCCGGAUUGCUCUACAUUUAUGUAGCGUUCUAUUCGUUCGGAUGGGGCCCAAUUCCAUGGAUUUAUGUUGCCGACAUCUUCCCUACCCGGACGCGUCACUAUGGGUUGGCUCUUGCCUCAUGUUCGCAAUGGCUGUUCAACUUUGUCAUUACGAAAAUCACUCCGACAAUUAAGACUCACCUUGGGUACAAGAUGUUCAUCACCUUUGCAACCAUCAAUAUUGGGGGGAUGGCAGUCUUUUCCCUUUUGAUUCCAGAGACCAAAGGCCGCUCCCUCGAAGAGAUGGAUAUCAUCUUCGGAACCGUCAAUGCUGAUGAUCGUCAAAUUGCCAUAACGAAGGCUCAGACUGAGCUCCGAGGUGGUGGCGUAGGUCGUAAUAGGCAGCCUAAUCCUACGUCCGACUCAAAGUUCAUCUACGAUGAGCCGAUUCAGGGUAUUGAGCGGGCUCCGCGUGGAUAG